AUGGCCUCAAAACCCUUCCUUGUGGUUGUGGCUGAGGGAGGCGUAUUCAGCGAGGAAAUGAAGCGAGCCUCAACUCUUAACCAUGGUCCCUUCACAGAUGUAGUAACCACAAAUCUUAAACUACGAAAUCCAUCAGAUAGAAAAGUAUGCUUCAAAGUGAAGACCACAGCACCUCGUCGAUACUGCGUGAGGCCGAACAGUGGAAUUAUUGAUCCAGGAUUGUCUGUAAUUGUUUCAGUAAUGCUACAGCCUUUUGACUAUGACCCAAAUGAGAAGAGUAAACACAAGUUCAUGGUACAGACAAUCUAUGCACCACCAAAUAUUUCAGAUAUGGAGGCAGUGUGGAAAGAGGCAAAACCUGAUGAGUUAAUGGACUCCAAGUUGAGAUGUGUGUUUGAAAUGCCCAACGAAAAUGAUAAACUGAAUGAUAUAGAUGCAAGUAAAUCCGCCCCAGUACUGAAUACAUCUAAACAGGAUGGACCGAUGCCAAAACCACAUAGUGUUUCACUUAAUGAUACUGAAACAAGGAAGCUAGUGGAGGAGUGCAAAAGACUUCAGGCAGAAGUUAUGAAGCUGUCGGAUGAAAAUCGGCACUUGAGAGAUGAAGGCUUGAGGCUCAGAAAGGUAGCACACUCGGAUAAAUCUGGAUCACCCACAGCCUUGGCCCUCAGAGAUAAUGGCUCUAAUUCUCUUCCUUCACUUCUUGUUGUAAUUGCAGCCAUUUUCAUUGGAUUCUUUCUAGGGAAAUUCAUCUUGUAGAAAGAAUGAGUGAGAGAAGCAUGCAAAAUGCGGCUUCUUUUCUUCCCUUGACCCCUCCCCUCCCCUCCCUUUUUUUUUCCUCCUCCCUUGGCCAUAAAAAGAUUUCUUUAUCUACCACUUCACUGGUAGUAUGGCCCAAGUGACCAUUUUUGUGUACAGCAUCAUAACAGGCUUUGCCGUUAAUGAUCUCGCACGGUUAGAAAAUACAAUUUAAAAAGACAAACUGUUCGGCUACUGGACAAAAUUGUACAUUAAAUCAUCAAUAGCAGAUGUCAGUUGCACAUUCAGUCCUUUAUGAAAAUUCAUAAAUAAAGAAUUGUUCUUUCUUUCUGUGGUUUUAAUAAGAGUUCAAAAAUUGUUCAGAGUCUUGUAAAUGUUAUUUUAAUAAUCCUUUAAAAUUUUAUCUGUUGCUGUUACCUCUUGAAAAAUGAUUUAUUAGAUUGCUAAUCCCACUCAUUCAGGAAUAUGACAAGAGGUGUUCUGGGGGAAAUGGUGCCUCUUUCUGUGUAAAUUUUCUCUUUACCUUACUUUGCUAGUAUCAUGGCAGAAUUUCUUUCUUAUCCCUUGUGAGGCAUUGUUGAGAGUUUUUCAUCCUUACAAUCCUGUCCCAUAAUAUUUAACAUUACAAAAGAAAUAAAAUUGUUAACAGAUUUUCUGCUGGGUAGCCUGUUUGUGUGUGUCGUACUUUUAGAAGGGAUUCCUAACAAGUUCAUUGUUCAUGGUAACUUGCUACUUGUAACAAAUGGCUAUUUUAAAACUUACUUGCGUAAGUCUCUGGCUUAGACUGUUGUAAUUGAAGCUUGAAAAAAUUAAUAAGGGUUUCCAUUCUUUUUCUUAAGAAGUGAACUGUUUUCUGGCUGCUUUCAGCUGCAGAGAGGAUAAUUAUCCAUCUUGUUUUGGGACAGAAUAAUUUGAAUAUCCAGCAGGUAUAAAUAGCAUAAAUACAUGUUUUUAAUAUAUUAACAGUUUGCUUGAAUUGUGCGGGAAUGUAAUAAUCAACCUUCUGUUACAUCUUGGGGUCUUUUGGGUGUCUUCCAGGUGUCAGCUUAAUUAUCCUUGGAUUUCAUAAGGGUACUUAAUUCAAGAAUGCUAACUUACUCACUUUGUAAUUCCAUUUUAGCAGAUAUUCAGAAUCACAAUUUGAAUGAUUCAGACACCCAUAAGGAAUUCCACGAUGCAGAAGAGUUGAUGUUUACUGAGUGAGCCUUAGUUGCUCACCUUUGGAAAAGGAAAGUCAUUUUUAUGCAACUGUGGGUAGAUCUACCUGUGUUAACCAUGUAUAUCUAAAUUUUAAAGAAUGUAUUUUUGGGGUCUGAAAUGCUUCCCUGCACUUAAUCCUGUGUCUUGCCUCAUCUCUGAAUAUGUCAUUAAAACAACAACAGUAAUAUUGGAACAAAAUAUUAUACGUGCUUCUGACUAAGCAUAAUCCAAUGCAGGGAAUUAUUCGUAAACUGAAAAAUUAUGGAAGAGAGAUACUCCUGUAAGCAAAAUUGUGUAUGCUCUUGGACAGCUUGACUUGAUGUGGUGCAGCUAAGCGUGUUAGACCUUGGUAUACGCACACAUUAUGUUAGCUGAGAAAAAUGUUUUAGAGAAGAAUUACAUUAUAUUGGUUGCCUUUGAUUUCUAGUUUUUUUUUUAAUCCUGUGAUUACAUCAUGUACUGUCAUUGCUGUCUGUGAUAUAAUUUUUAUAAAAUCUUGCAUAUAUGCAAGGAAAAUGAUGAAUAUACACAUACUGCUUGUCUUUUCACUUAAGCAUGCAAGUACAGAUGUUUCCAGUUAUAGGUUUUCAGUGUCUGCGUUCAAGUCUCCUUUCACUCCAGUAACUGGAAGAACUGUGCUAAGGUCAUGAUUAUUUUGAUUCCGCUGGUAGAGAAUGGUGUAAUUCUCCAAUUUUAUCUCUAACAGAACAUUGACACAUCAAACUUCAUAGCCUGAUCCAAACUGAUCGCAUGGAAAAUGAUGAGGGCAAUAGUUGCGGCCUGUAGUUUGCUUCAGAAAGGGCAGUCAACCCUGCCUUGAAGGAGGGAAAUAAACAAACAAACAAACAAACAAACAAACUGGGAAGAUCUUAGAGUGUACAGAGAUCUCGGUGCACAGGGGUUUUCAGGGGUAACCAGCACUUUCAGGACUUGCAAGCAGGAAAAAGGAGUCAUUUGUCAGUGCAGCCAACUCAGGUUUGAUGUCUGUCAGCAGUACUAUGAAGGGCCACCAGUAAUAAAGUAACAAAUAAUGAUAAAGUUUUUUUUAAAUACAUACAAAACAGAUGGUGGUAAAAUGUGGUCAUUGGUUGGCAUGAAGUCUUCAAAAUGGAAGUGUGGAGAGGUCUCAUAACCCACGUACUCAUUAAUGGUAUAAGGAGACUGUUGCUUUCCAGUAAUCCCUUCAUUAGCUGUGUAUAAAAUGUAAUGCUAAAACUAUUUUGCUCUCAGGAGUGACUUUGGAUGAGAUCAACUGUAUUCAGUGAAUUAUGUAAUAUGGAUUAAAUCGUUUGUCUCUGUUCCUGAAAUGGUUAGAACUUCCUGCUUUGUCUGCCUGCUUACUUGUGUAUGUAAGCAUGGGGAAAUAGUCUUCUCUGUUCCUAGUGAUAUGAUCAAAUGAUGAUGCCUAUAAAGUCAUGUGAGGCUAAAUGCGCAACUUUAGUUUAAUAUGCAUCAGAGGUUGCUUUUCUGAUCUCUCAAAAGGACAAAGUGGAACAAGUAUACAGUAUCAAAGUGGUAUUUUAAAGUUUUAUGAAUAUAGCACUUUUAAAAAGAUAGUAUACUGGUUUAGGGGAAAAACCCCUUGUUAAGUAGAAAAUAUAGCUUCUGUAGUUAUUCUGGGCACGAAAUUUAACCCACUUAAAUUAUAUCCAGUACAUUUAAAAAAAAAAUAUUUGUAUUAAUGCACAAACUAUUUGUGCACUUCUACUGAUUCUCUAAAAGCUGUUGACAGACACUAUUGUCCAGGCUUGCAUGUUUCUGCUGCUAUGAUUGAAGCUGAUUUACGUAUUGGAAAAAAAA